AUGUCACAAGAAGCUGUUACAAGUCCACCACGUCCCCCACGUCCCCCACAACAACAAAGGACCAUGACACUUGGUCCAUCAGCACCUAUUCAUGAUUGGGAAGUUGAAAAAGUGACGCUUAUCCAAGAAUGCAAAGAUUAUCGUGAACGUGCUGAAGGGCUUGAAAAGACCAUCCAACAAGAUCGUGCAACCUAUGAAAGAAACACGUCAAGUUUGCUUCGAGAGGUCAAGAUGAAAGAAAGUUUAUUGGAAAAACGGGUACAGGAUGUGGAGCGGCAAUUGAUGGAACAAAUCCAAGAUUUGCAGCGUCAAAUGGUUGCUCAGCAACAGGAACAUGAGGAUGCCAUGCAAGAACAAAAGACAAGAUACGAGCAGACAUUGGCAGCUGAGCAAAAGAAACAUGAGAGACGACUGGGUGCCAUGCAAGAUCGACUUCGAGAAGCUACGACACAACAACAACAACAACAGCAAGAUGUAGUAGAGCCUCAAUCUGCAACGAGUGAACACCAUCACAACCAUCAUCAUCAUGACGAACUUCAAAGCUUGCGACAAGAGUUGGCACGUGAGCGAUCUUUGCGGGCACAGGAGAAACGAGAAUGGCAACUACGACUUGAGUAUCAAAGCAAAUCGGGGACCAGCAGUAGUAGCAACACGGUUACUUCUCCAACAACACCAUCCUCUGCCGUGGAAACCAGUGAGCUACAACGUUUACGAGAACUGUUUUUCAAAGAGAGUCAACAUCAAGCUAUGCAACAUGAAGCACGCGUAGAAAAUCUAAGAUCUGAAUAUGAAGACUUACUCAAAGAGGCCAACAAUCAGCUGGAGACCGAAAGAGCAGUAUGGAGGAUAGAGCAGCAAUCAGCAGUGGAAGAAGCAGCACGUGUUGAAAGGGAAAAAAUGGAAGCCAACAUGGAACAAGAGAGGAAUGAAUGGCGUAACAAGUUAUUGGAUGCCGAGACGUCCAUGUCCAAAGAUGCUACAGCGAUCCAGGCGCAUUGGCAAACCAAAGUGAAUGAGGCUGAAAACAGCAAGCAGACAGAAUUGGAAAGGCUCAAAGGUGAAAUGGAAGUGGUCAAGGAUCGACUAGGAAAGGAAAUUCAACGCCGUAAGCAAAUGCAAGCCAAGCUAGCUGUGGCACAGGAAAAUGAACAACGACUCAGCAAACGCAAAGACCGCCAACUUGCACUCGAACGGCAGCUCGACUCGAUUCAAAGCGACUAUCAACGAGCUUAUCACUUAGCACAAAACUUGUUGGCCAUGAUAUCCAAUUAUCAACUCAAGGAGGAAGAGGAGGAGGACGAUGAACCACUCUUGGCCGAUUUGCUGCUUAGGUCACUUCAUGCAUGUCAGGCUACCACACCAUCACCCCCAUCACCAUUUAUGGAUCACACCACCACUUUCCUCUUUUAA